AUGGAUGGAGUGAGGGCUCUCGGGGGAGUAGCGGUGCGAUCGCCCUCUGAGGUAAAGUUCGCCGGCGAGAACGAAGCAUGUGGCUGUGUGGGGGACCCGCAAGAUCUGACUGUUGAUAAGGAAGACUUCCGUGUCGUUUUCGCUGCGGAGCUGCAGCGCUGGACAGUGGAAUGGAAGUGGUCCGGUGAGGAGCCACCAGUUCGCCUCAAGAAUGGAGUGAGCGAGUAUACUGUGCCGGAUGAGGUCAGAAAGGACUAUGAAGAGGAGAUUGAGACCUGGAUCAAGAACGGAUGGCUACUAGAAUACGAUGAAGAAGAACACGGUCCCCCGAAAGGCCUGAUUCCACUCAUGGCAGUGGUCCAAGAGAAUAAAGGGAAGGUGCGACCCGUGCUUGACUUCCGCGAGAUCAACACAUUUGUCGACACGUACACGGCAGAUGUUGAUGUGUGUGACGAGAAGCUCCGCGAAUGGCGUCAGAUGGGAGCGAACGUAGCGCUUCUGGACCUCCAGAAAGCAUACCUUCAGAUACAUGUAGACGAAUCUCUGUGGCCUUACCAGACUGUCGAGUACAAAGGGACAAGAUACUGUCUGAGUCGACUUGGAUUUGGCCUGAACAUCGCACCAAGGGUGAUGAAGACAGUCCUCGAGGCAGUGGUGAAUCAAGACGAGGACGUGGCAAAGGCAGUGUCAUCAUAUGUCGACGAUGUCUUGGUCAAUGAGGAUGUGAUGUCCGCGGAAAAUGUGAGCAAACAUCUUCGAGCCUUUGGGCUCCAGUGCAAGGAACCAGUAAGACCAAAAGAAGGCGCUCGGAUUCUCGGUCUCCGAGUUCAGGAAGAGCAUGGCAACCUCAAAUGGAAGAGGGACAACGACGUCCGAGAGAUCGACGGGCCGGUGACGAAACGCAAGGUGUUCUCGCUUUGCGGCCGUUUGACUGGACACCUUCCGGUGUGUGGCUGGCUGCGGCCAGCGGUGUCGUUCUUGAAGCGAAAGGCUAAUGAAGCGGCGGACGCUUGGGACGACGUCAUCGAGGACAGUUUAGUGAAUGGGCUGAUCGAAGAGAUAAUGACGCAAAUUAACACAGAUGACCCAGCGAGAGGUCAGUGGGACGUCAAAGGGAACGAGGUGACGGUCUGGGCGGACGCCAGCAUGUUGGCCUUGGGAGUGGUCCUCGAGAUCGAGGGCGAGGUGGUGGAGGACGGAUGCUGGCUGCGACCAACCGACGGAACACAUAUCAACAUGGCAGAACUUGAUGCCGCGCUGAAGGGCGUCAACAUGGCCAUCCUCUGGGGUGCUAAGAGAGUUCGACUGAUGACGGAUUCGCGUACUGUGUACCAUUGGAUCACUGACCUCCUGAGCGGCAAAGCACGGUUAAAGACGAAGGCCGUCUCGGAAAUGCUUAUCCGGCGAAGGCUGAGUACACUGAAGAUGCUGGCCGACGAGUACAACCUGGAGAUCAGCGUUCACAGCGUGGCCUCUGCUGACAACAAAGCUGAUAAGCUCACCAGAGUGCCGGAGCGGUGGUGA